AUGCUGCCGCUGGGGUGCAGCUGGCGUGCAGCUGAGCGCCACUUCUCUGUAAUGCUGCCGCUGGGGUGCAGCUGGCGUGCAGCUGAGCGCCACUUCUCUGUAAUGCUGCCGCUGGGGUGCAGCUGGCGUGCAGCUGAGCGCCAGCUCUCUGGAAUGCUGCCCGUGCAGCUGAGCGGUGACGCUGCUGAUGUGUCAAAAAUGCCUAUUUAUUCAAGUUUGCUUGAAGCAUUUGGGGUCUUUGGUUCUUUGGAGGAGUAUGUAGAGCACUGGGUCUGCUUUUGGAACCCUGCCACCAAAAUUUGCUCCAAACCUUCACCAAGACUGCGUCUCGGCACUGAUGUUCGCCAUGAUAUGAAUUUUGGGUUUGGGUACGAUGAUAGGAGGGAAGUUACAAGUAAUGGAUACUCUCUGAAUGGCACUGUUAACUGGAUAGGAGCUUCUUUGGGAGAAUCGAGAACUAAGAAGCUACAAAUAUUUUCCUAUGAUCUAAAUAACGAUACUUUCAGAUGUUUGUCGGUGCCUGAAUUCGUCCCCAUAGAUUUUGCUUUUCUUUCUAUGGGAGUUUUCAAUGGUUGUCUUUGUGUUUCUUUAGAGAAAGGGAAGACAGUCUUUGUUGUAUUGGCAUUGAAGGACGUUCGAGACGAAAGAUCUUGGAGUCGAUUGGUGAGUGUAAGUUAUGAAACUCUGAAUAUCUCUCCUUAUUACUAUAAGGUGCGGAAUUUGUGCAUGUGGGGUGAUCUUUUGUUUGUCGCAUAUUCAAAUGGGGGUGCUUCCAAUAUCAUUAUCUCUAAUUUGAAGGAGAAUAAAGUAGAACGUACUCAAACUUACUACAAGAAAUUUCUCUAUUACAUCUUCUCGUGUCACUAUGUUCCAAGCUUGAUUUUGCCUAUUUGA